AAAGGGGAGCCAGAAUGGCAGACGUUGGAGACGAAAGAGGAAAUAUCAGACAAGCUUUAAAGAUUCUGCCUGUAGUUGGGACAUAAGCAGCUCAAACCGACAUUUGGAUGCCUGUGAAUUUUUCACGGCUGGCUGCACAUCCCUGAGAAGCCCAGCCCUAUCAGAUGAGCCACAGCCUCCUCCCGGAUCACGGCCCAUGCGCAGCUCCGAGAGCUUUAUUCUGUUUGAAUGAGGAAAACCUCGCGUCUGCUUGUCUGAAAGCUGUCACAUGGGUCCAAGGAGGAAAACAAUCGCUUCCUGAAAUGAUUCUCAUCGCUGUCUUUCCGCGCUGUUUGUUUUCGCCCCUCUCAGUUUCCACUGUGAUAUCGCAUCGCGUGUAAUUUCUUUUCCGCCCCGGAUCUUGUGGCCCAGCGGGUCGGUGCCGAAGAUGAUCAGCAAAGUUAAAAACGCGAUGUCUAACUUGGUGGGAGGGAUGAUGCCUCACGGACACCACCAUCACAACCAUCACUCAGCUGGAGGCCAGAACAGCGGACAAGAGAGCUUGCCGCACCGCUUCCCUUACGGCCGGCCGGAUUUCUUGGACCUCACCCCGGAGCUCCUGCAGUACUCCACCGAGCACGCGUCACGGCCGGUGGUCACGUUAAAGAGAGGCAUCCGGCUUUCCUGGGGGGCGGGAUACGCAGAGGCGAUCAAUGCAGGGAAGAGCAUGCUGAAUGAGGACCAGGCCUCUUGUGAGAAGCUGUUCGUGAGGAAGCCAAGUGGCAAACACCGAAACUCCACUCUGGUAGAUGACAAUGGGGAUACCACAGGAAUCCCUCUCCAAUUCUGGGGGGUUUUUGAUGGACAUGCAGGUUCUGGCGCUGCCAUCAUGGCCUCCAAGCUGCUUCACCGCAUCAUCAGAGAUGGACUCGGAGAGAUCUGCCACCUUCUUGAGAAUCCCAACAGUGCACCUCCCAUCUGCUUGGCCAAGAACGGCAGCCCUUUCCAGGCGGAAGCGAAAAAUGGAGCCACACCGGAGUCAGCAGAAGACCCUGACGCUGUCUGCGAUGCCUCAGUGCGCUUUUACAUGGAGAAGGUCGUUAGCCUGGAGAGCCUGGUGAUGGGAGUCAUUGAAACUGCCUUCAAACAGAUGGAUGACCUCAUUGAAAAGGAAAAAACUUCAUAUGCCAUUUCUGGUGGCUGUUGUGCCUUAGCUGCUAUUUAUUUAAUGGGAAAACUCUAUGUAGCCAAUGCUGGAGACAGCAGGGCCAUAAUUAUACGAAACAAUGAAGUCAUUCCAAUGACUAAUGAAUUCACUCCUGAGUCAGAGAGACAGCGGUUACAGUAUCUGGGCUUCCUGAGACCCGAACUCCUGGGAAAUGAGUUCACUCAUAUUGAGUUCCCUCGGAGGAUCCAGCACAGUGAGCUGGGCAAGAAGAUGCUCUACAGAGACCACACCAUGACUGGCUGGGCUUAUAAGACAAUUGUAGAAGACGAUCUGAAAUUCCCGCUGAUAUAUGGAGAGGGAAAAAAGGCUCGUGUGAUGGCAACAAUCGGGGUGACUCGUGGGCUUGGAGAUCAUGACCUGAAGGUGUACAACUCCAACAUCUACAUCAAGCCCUUCCUGUCAUGUGUUCCUGAGGUGAAGGUUUAUAACCUGGAUGAAAGUAAACACGGACCUGACGACAUCUUGAUUAUGGGCACAGAUGGACUGUGGGAUGUAACAACAGACAAGGAAGUGGCAGAAGCUGUUUCAACCUACCUAUCACGUUGUGACCCGUCUGAUCCUAUGAGAUACACCCUGGCAGCGCAGGAACUGCUGAUGAGGUCCAGAGGUGUGCUAAAAGAGCGCGGCUGGCGGCUACCCAAUGACAAAUUGGGCUCAGGCGACGACAUCACUGUGUUUGUCAUCCCGCUGGCAGGACAUGAGUCAGAGACUUGAUAAGUCUUCUGAGCUGCCUGAAUAAGCCCUUGAAUGAUGAAGUGGUGGGAAAACAUCACUGUUACUGGGAAGGUUUGGGUCUAAACAGCACCUUCAUUGACUCUCUCCAUAAGACCCACCUUUAUUUAGUUCAGUUUGAUCCGUCACCUUUGGUUGAUUUUUAAUUAUUCAAAAAAAAAAUUUAUUAUUAGAGAAGUUACAAUUUUUUCUCCCAAACGUACUGUUUGCGACGUGCAUAAAAAUCCUUGUAGUAUUUUUUGUUUAUGUCCAAAGCCAGGCUGGAACUGAAUCUUUUUAAAGAUGAUUAAUUUAUUGCGAUUCCCAAGAUGUUACUCCCUAUACCUAAAGAAAAAAGCCUAAAUGCUUCACAAUCAAUAAAUGGGUUUGCAGCAGAGGAUGUGAGGCAACCAAAGAAUUGCUGCUGCAGUAUGAGGAUGGAAACUGUAAAAAUACAGGCAUAAACAAAAAGAACCCAAAUCUAUAGACAUAUAUACGUAUGUAUAUGACAACGGAAGGAGCAUGAAGGAAGUCAAGACAGACGAAUGGAUCUUUAUGGCACUGGACCCAAACAGAGUCUGUGUUGCAGUAUUUCCUUUGGUAAUAAUGAAUGAGAAUAAUGGCACCUGAUGCACUUGAAAGACUGUUGCACAUGUUCUGUAGUAGCUUGUUAAUUUGUGUUAACUUUUGAUUGAAUGUGCUCAUAGAGGACCUGUUUCAUUUUUUUUAUUACAACAGAGAAGAUUGUGGGUUGUAAAUGGUACAAAAAAGGAGGAAGAUGUUCAUGUUUUCAAUGCAACUACAAGUUUUUUUUAUUUACCCGUCAGAGGAACCAGUAUCAUGUUCUCCAUGUCUCGUCGUAAUAAGACGUUAGGUUUCACACAUAUGCCUUAUUAAAACAUGAAAGGGACUCGAGAGUUUCCAUUGCACUAAAUUUGAAUCAUGUAAAAGAGGCAAAAAAAGAGAACAUUGUAUGCCCUUAAGUGUACUUCAUACCUGUUUUGUUAUGUCAUAUUGUAUUUAGAAUUACAAUAUAUAUAUUUUUAAAAAUUUGUUUUGCCUGUUGACUGAAUUUUAUUUUUAUUUUCUAUCCAUAACUGUUGUUGUGUCCAAGAAUCUGAGCUACCAAAAGUAUGUGGUAGAAGGAUGAUGUGUUCCAGUUUAAAAAUAAAUAUGUUUUUCCCAUUUA